AUGUCAGAUUUACUUAGUUAUUCCAUAAUGCACCAACCAAGAUCACCAACAUCGUCCUAUGGAUCAUCACUCAGUAGUCCAAAGUUGAGCUUCAAUGCUCCUCCUCCUCCACAACAACAACAACAACAAAAUGCAGUCUUACCACCCAUUAGUGCACUCAUGCAACAGCAACAGCAACAGCAACAACAACAACAACAACAACAACAACAACAACUGCUGCAGCUGCAAUCACAGAUCAGGUUACCACCCCUCAAUACCUCAAACUAUACAUUGACUAGACCAAGGUUGUCAAGCUCAGGAUCAGUCUGCUCAAACCUUACAGAGCCUGAAUUGCCACAUUUUCAAUCAAGUAGAGAUUCGCAUCAUGGAUUGGGAUUGUUGAGCUCAGCUAUAUUCUUGGACCAGCAGCAACACCAAAAGCAACAACAGCAACAGCAACAGCAACAACAACAACAACACCAAAAGCAGUACGAUCUCCUGUUUCAAUCAAGCUCAAGAUCAUCUUCGGUCCCUUCGUUAGCUUCAUCUGCUUCUUCCAUCAGUUCCUACCUGCCAGUAUCACCAGCAACUCCCGAAAUAGCCAAAGCCAACUUCCCACAUCAGCCGACACCAGCGUCAACACCAAAAUCCAUCCCCAUCACCACCACCACCACCACCACCCUUUCAGCAUCGUUUUCGUCUACAUCCACAUCCUCAAGCAUGUCGCCCAACAAGAACAAAAGAAGACAAAGACUCGGCCCAUCUUGCGACUCGUGCCGCGCCCGCAAAGUCAAAUGCGAUGCCAAAAUCACCAUUCUCCCACCAUCAACAGCCUCACUCGCAUCAGCAUACAACCUCACCCCACAACAACUCAACACGCUAUCAGCAACACAUAAGUUGUGCAUGGGCGAAUUCCAACUCCUUUACGUGAAUGACAAAUACAUUCACUUCAAACAAUGCCAAUCGUGUAAUGGCAAAAACAUUGACUGUUGUUUCUCACAGGGGUUCACUAAGGAAGAUAUCUUGAGUAACAAGAAGAAGGUGAAGAAGUCGCUGAAUGUAUCUGGUAAAGUUGGAAAGGAGUCUACCAGCAGUUCCAAUGCAAGCAUCCGCAAGAAGAAGUUCAAAAAGAGUGGUGAGGAGACUGAAGUGUGCUUGAAUAGAUUGUUGAGCUGUGGCGCGUUGACUGAAGCUCAAGUGGGCAUCACUACAUGA